AUGGCUCUACCUCUACACUUUUGUUUCUUCUUUUUGACACUGAUGAUGUUCAUUGGGUUUUCAUGGUACAUAAACUACGAGCCAGUGAUGGAGAGCAUAUUUGAUCAAGUGAAGCUAUAUCUCAUAAUUUCUCCUUUGGUGAUCCUACUAGCAGUCCACUGGCUCUCUAACUAUGAAACAAGGUUUUCACACUUGAUUCCAAUGCCAGAAAGAGACUCUUUACAUAGAGCUGGAGGGACUCCUUGGGGCGUUGGAUUUGUGCUUGUUCUUCUGUUUUUCAUGAUAUCAUACCACUCUCAAUUCCAGGAACGUUGGUUUCCACUUUUAAGCAGAUAAUUUAUUAUAUAUAUCUGGAUCCAUGUAAUUUAAGUAACUGAGUUCCUCCUAUAAUUUUUGGUUUUCUUUUUGCCUAUGUAUAAAUUGUUGCUUUAUAUUUAAGGAGAAAUAUGGUCGACUAGCUUUCGGAUAGUGCAGAGUAAUCUUUUUAAUUUCUUAUGUA